GAUCCCUUUUGGCAAGCAAAGAACCUGACAUCCUCCCUUAAAAAUGCUUUCAACGAAACCCCAACUCUCCAUAGGAUGAACUCUCAAGUUUAAAGCCAUAAACAAAACUCUUUCAUCUCAAAACCCUUCUUUCUUCAAUACAACCCAUUUCAAGAUAUGGAGGCCAUUGCUGCGUCAAUUUCGUUCUUCAAUUUCUGCAUUAGCGUCAUCAUUUUCGGGAUCGGUGGCUGGGUGAUGAAUCACUCAAUUGAUAAUGGAUUUGUUAUUGGUGCUGAGUUUGAAGUUCCUGUAUAUUUUUCUCCAAUUUUCUUCCAAAUUGGGAACACUGCCACUGGGUUCUUCGUUGUUUUUGCUUUGAUUGCUGCUGUUGCUACUGUUGCAUCUGUCAUCUCUGGAAGCUUCUACUUUCGUUUUUCCAACCCUAACAACUUGCCCCCCGCUGCUUCAUCAGCUCUCAUCGCUUGCUUCCUAACUUUUCUUGCCAUGGGAUUUGCUUGGAAAGAGAUCUCCCAAACUGUCACCAGUGAGCAUCUGAUGGCAUUGGAGGCUUUCCUGAUUAUCCUUUCAGUUACGCAGUUUAUUUACACUGCAAUCAUUGUGUGGACCUCAACCAGCUACUCGACUCGAAAUAACGUUCACUGAACGCUUAGUUAGUGGGGUUUGCUUUCAAAUUUUCUUUCCUUUCCAUUCUUUAUUUUUCUCUACUUCAGUUCUAUAUGUAAAUGGGGAGAAACUCAGUAGGUGUGCAAAAAAAGAAUAAAAUUUCAAUGACUUUGAUUUGCUUCA